AUGGAGUGUUUGCCUGCCUUUCUCAAUGGCUUAAAGUCGCUCCUCGGGAUCAGCUUGUUUUAUGCGUUCUCUAUGUCUCUAACGUUUUUUAAUAACAACAUCAUUAAGGCCUAUCCAUUCCCGCUUUCAAUUACCUUUUGUCAUUUGCUUAUGAAGUUUACGCUCGCGUGUAUUGCGCGUUCGAUUAUUUCUUUGUAUCGGGGUGAAAAGCGGAUAGAAAUUCCGUGGUGCUCUUAUGUUCGCGAAGUUUCACCAACAGGAAUCGCGAGUGCAUUGGACAUCGGCCUUUCUAACUGGAGUUUUGAAUUUAUUACCGUAUCUUUAUACACGAUGACCAAAUCUACGAGCAUUAUAUUCGUCUUGCUAUUUGCAAUACUGCUUAAACUAGAGAAACCGACCUUGUCUAUUCUAAUUGUCGUCCUUUGCAUUUCCGGUGGUCUAUUCCUCUUCACCUAUCAGUCAACGCAGUUUGAUUUGAUUGGGUUCAUUCUCGUCCUUUCCGCGUCCGCCGUUAGUGGCAUUCGGUGGACAGCGGCGCAAAAGCUUACCCAAAAAUCAAAAUUUGGUUAG